UGUUUUAGCAGUGAAUUGAAGAUGUCAGGACGUGGAAAGGGAGGUAAAGGAUUGGGGAAGGGAGGAGCAAAACGACAUCGUAAGGUUCUCCGUGAUAACAUUCAAGGUAUCACUAAGCCUGCUAUUAGGCGUUUGGCUCGUAGAGGAGGAGUGAAGCGUAUCAGUGGACUAAUCUAUGAGGAGACUCGUGGAGUUUUGAAGAUCUUUUUGGAGAAUGUGAUUCGUGAUUCUGUUACUUACACUGAGCAUGCUAGGAGGAAGACGGUCACUGCUAUGGAUGUUGUUUAUGCACUCAAGAGGCAAGGAAGGACUCUAUACGGAUUUGGUGGUUAAAAGAAUGUGUGUUGCUUU